CGGGAGGUUUCCAGCACCCCUGCGCUAGCCCGGUGCCCAGCCCUCCCCGCGCAGCCGGGGGAGCGGGUCCGCUCGCUGCCGGGGCAGCCUGCCCGCGGCUCGGCGCCAGGCACAGCCCCUCACCGCCUCCGCUCGGCGCCUCACCGCAGGCACCCCCCGAAACUUUCCCCGGCAGCCUGCGCACGCUCUCGCUCCCCGCCGGGGGAAAGCGCGCUCUCUCUCGCUCCCUCCGAGCAGCGGGCACGGGGAGGCGGGCGGCUGCCUCCCUCCUGCCUCCCUCCUGCCUCCCUCCGCCCGCGGAAGCCUCGCCGAGGCUCCCGCAUUGCACCGCCGCGCCGAGCCGAGCGCGGGGCUCGGGCUGCCCACCCGCCCCGCCGGCGCCCCCGGCCCCGGCUGGCGGAAUGAGCGCCGGCGAGGCGAAGGAGUAUCUGGCCCGCAGGGAGAUCCCGCAGCUUUUCGAGAGUCUGUUGAAUGGAUUAAUGUGUUACAAACCUGAUGACCCAAUUGAAUAUUUGGAAAGCUGUUUGCAGAAGGUAAAAGAGCUUGGAGGGCCAGAAAAAGUGAAAUGGGACACUUUUGUCAGCCCAGAAAAGAAGACCCUGCCUCCACUCAAUGGAGGACAAUCCCGGAGGUCUUUUUUCAGGAAUGUGAUGCCUGAUAACUCUAACUUCCCCUACCGGCGCUACGACCGCCUCCCUCCGAUCCAACAGUUUUCCAUAGAAAGCGACACCGACCUUUCUGAAACUGCUGAGCUAAUUGAGGAGUACGAUGUGUUUGACCCUGCAAGACCUCGGCCAAAAAUUAUCCUUGUCAUAGGUGGCCCAGGAAGUGGUAAAGGGACACAGAGUCUGAAAAUAGCAGAACGUUAUGGAUUUAACUACAUAUCUGUUGGUGAAUUGUUAAGGAAGAAAAUCCACAGCACAAGUAGCAAUAGAAAAUGGAGCCUAAUUGCCAAAAUAAUUACUACUGGAGAACUGGCCCCUCAGGAAACAACCAUAACUGAGAUAAAGCAGAGAUUAAUGCAGAUCCCUGAUGAAGAGGGGAUAGUGAUUGAUGGAUUUCCCAGAGAUGUUGCCCAGGCAAUCUCCUUUGAGGACCAAAUCUGUACCCCUGAUUUGGUGGUGUUUCUGGCAUGUUCCAGUCAAAGGCUGAAAGAAAGGUUACUGAAGCGUGCGGAACAGCAAGGGAGACCUGACGAUAACCUGAAAGCCACUCAAAGAAGACUAAUGAAUUUCAAGCAAAAUGCAAUUCCACUGGUUAAAUAUUUCCAGGAAAAAGGGCUGAUUAUCACGUUUGAUGCAGACAGAGAUGAGGAUGAAGUGUUCUCUGACAUAAGUUCAGCAGUUGACAAUAAACUGUUUGCAAAUAAAGAGAUUGCAGCAGGGUCAAACGAACUUGAUUGCAGUCUGAUUAUGGAUUCCGGAGAUGCUGUUUAUACAGAAUUUGACUUUGAAGACCAGGAGGAGGAUCAGUCAAGCUUUUCUGGUUAUGAGAGCACAGGAGAUUUUUCAGAAGAUCUAAGGAAAUCAAACAUCAUUUUUGUUUUUGGUGGCCCUGGUUCUGGCAAAGGUAGCCAAUGUGAACAGUUAGCCAAGAAAUACGGAUUUACUCACCUGUCCACUAGUGACCUUCUCCAAAAUGAAUUAUUGUCAUUAUCAGAGAGAAGUAAACUGAUCAAAGACAUUGUGGAAUGUGGUGAACCUGUGCCUGGCGGUAUUGUUCUGGAGCUAUUGAAGGAAGCCAUGGUUUCCAAGCUAGGGGACACAAAAGGAUUUCUGAUCGAUGGGUAUCCCCAAGAGCUGAAAGAUGCAGAAGAGUUUGAGAGCAAGAUUGGGGAACCAAAGCUCGUGCUCUGCCUGGACUGCUCUGCAGAAACCAGGAGCAGUCAGAACUCUGAGAACACUGAAACCACUGAGGACAGGACUGAAAGCUACUACCAAGCAUCAAACCCUCUGAUUGCAUACUAUGAAAGCAAGACACAGUUAUGCAAGGUUGAUGCAGAAGGAACACAGGAGGAUGUUUUCCUGGAAAUCUGCAAGACAAUUGACUCUUUUCUGAAAAAGGAAGAGGCAGCAUUUUUUUCACCAGAAAUGCAGUAAUGGUGUGUGAGGUGUGUACACAGCCUUGCCCACAUGCACCCCACAGCCAUGAUUUGCUGGUCAAAGCAGAGCUGCUCCCUUGAGAGGUACCUGGAAUGUGUGCACGUGGCAUUACUCUAGAUGAAAUCUUAGUUCUGCAAGUACACUCAACAGAAAGUGGUCUGUAUGCUAACCCCACUCUGGGAACUCUGUAACAUUUUGUUUUCUUGGGUGUUUGCUCUUCAUGGGCUAAAAGCAGGAAGGUGAGCAGCAGCUCUGGUUUUGUAUUUCAUGGUCACACACAUUCCAUGGGAAACAGGGCAGUGCCUGGCCAGCAGGGAGCUCUCCACCCACCCCAGUCGCUGUCCAGCAGACUGACAUUAGGGUUAUUGCAUACAAGUUUCCCACUAUUUUCUUUUUAUUAACAGUAUUAAUUUUUGUGGUGUCACUUAGCUUGUUCUUGGGCUUUAGUGCCUGAAACCUGUCCUCUGUAACAUGCAGCUCUAAGAGAGCUGGAAUUAGUCAAGCUGCAAGUUAAAAUAACCUUUUCACACGUCCCCAGAACACUGUUGCAAGGAGAAAAACUCAUUGAAGAUACAGCUGAAUGUUGUGGAAGUCUGUCAACCCCUUAUUGGGAAGCAGACACCAUUUUUGAGACAGUCUUGUCUUCUGCUGGGAAUGUUAUGAUUUUACAACUGACUUCCCAGUUUUGUGAGCUGAGAAUGAUUAUUGUAUUGUAUAGUUAAAUGUGCAAUCCAGUAAUGAUCCAUAUUAACAGCACUUGUGCUAUAGCUAUUAAAGUCCAUAUGUAAAGUUGGUUAUGAGCCAGAACAUCUCAUGUCAUCUUUGAAUUUCACUUUGGAAGUAUUUCAAAUGCAAAAUUCAGAUCAUCAUCUGUUGUCUUGUACUGGCAUUGCCAAAACUUGGGAAGGUGUGGUGGGGUGGGAAACCAAAAAAAAACCCAGGAAAAUGUCAGGGAUUAUUUGAUUCGUAUUGCUUGCACCUCUAGUAAGCCAUUUAUCUGUAAUCUGCAAAAAAGUCUGUAAAAGUGCUGUUGUAUCUCCAUUAGGUUAACUAAAAUAUUGUGGAGUUUCUUUGGUAAUACUGACAGCUAAACAAAAGCUUGUUUGACAUUGCUGUAAAGUAACUGCAUCCUCUUACUGGGACUACUGGAUGAAUUUACAGUGAAAGUGGGUUGCAUGAUUGCUUGUACUGUCAAAGGUGUACUUUAUGCAGCAGAUUUGCAUUUUUAAAGUUACCUUUCUUGUAAUGAAGACAUAAUACAAAUAAAACAUGUACAAAAA